ACUCCAGUCGAUUCUUUUGAGUGAGGCUAAUUGCGUCAUUAAUUAAACGUGUCUGGUUGCGAGCUACGCACCUUGCCAAUUAGCUCGACUAGACUAGCAGAGUUAUAAUUGGUGGUACUGCGCCCACUGGGGUAGGAGCUCACUCUGCAAUCUGUCAUUUCGCAAGCAAACACAUGAUCAUCGGGGACCGUCAACCUCAGACCAACAUUCGCUUUAUUUGGCAAUAUCACACCGAGUUAUUUCCUGGGUUAGCCCUUGAACGCCACUGGUGGCUUGUCCUUGGUUGAACCACACGUAAAGCCCUCUUCGCUUAAACCCGUGUAUACCUGGAAAGACGUGAUUUAGCAAUCGUUUCACAAGUUUCCCCGUGCGUCUUUUUCACCCCGAGGUAGCUGCAAUCCUUACCGGUGGAGCUGUGUUAACAGAGCUUGGUGUCAGCAUCAACACCUGCUCACUGACAGACUGAUCCUAGCCGUUGGGCUAGUAGACAACUGAAGAUACAGCCUUCUGUAAAGAUCUCCGUACUUUCAAAUCACAAAAUGAUGAUGGCGGCCACCACCAAUUCCCUGGUCGUUCUCUGCCUAGCUGUUAUCGUCCAACUCGCCCUUGCAGCUGAGGGGAGCGAUGCCGGUCCAGCACCGCUGAGUUCACAGAUGGAGAGCAAGAUCCUGAGUAUGUUGGGGUUGCGGGAACGGCCGAGACCUAGACCAAACGCCACGGCUCCACAGUACAUGCUUGACCUGUACGAUAGACUUCGCAAUGAAUCCAACUCGGGUGUCAGUGCCGGAAGAUGUGCCUUUCCAGACCCUGCCUUCCCCGGUAACAUCGUUCGCAGUGUCGCAAAUACAGGAACGAAGCUGAAAUCAUUGGAUAAAUCUGGAAGACGAUUUCGUCAGAUCCUUCACUUCAAUCUCUCAGCCAUCCCCUCCAAGGAGACCAUCACUGGAGCCCAUCUUCGCCUGGAGUUCUUAAACACCAUCAAGAAGAUGAGGUCCGCUCCCACUAUUCAUCUGAAACUUUACCAAGUCACCCAAACCGUGUCCGACAUGAGAUCCUCCCGCUCGGAGGAAGCAAGAGGAACCUUCCGUCUGCUUACCUCCCUCUCAAUCGACGUGUCAGGAGGGGCUUCGGAAACCGUAGAUGUUCUUCCUAUAGUCCAGGAAUGGCGAUCUGGAGUCAGUGAGAACACUGGUCUCUACGUGGCAGUCGACAUCCCCAAGUCCGAGAGAACAACACGAAAGGCCAAUGCUAUCUUGGUGAAGAAACUCAGCAAGUUACGAGGUAGGACGGCCACGCUGGUUGUGGUGUCCGUCGACGGGGAGCAGUGCCGAAACAGAUUCCGACGGGGUGCUGAGGAGGACGACGCCCCACGAGAACCACACCCAAAUCUCUGCCAGAAACGUCGACUGUACGUCAGCUUCCGGGACGUCGGGUGGCAAGACUGGAUCAUCGCACCCAUGGGGUACCAGUCUUAUUUCUGUGGGGGUGAUUGCCCCUUCCCGUUGGACACUGUACUGAAUGGUACUAAUCACGCCAUUAUCCAGUCGCUGGUGAACUCUGCUGAUCCAACGUCGGCACCCAAGGUGUGCUGCGCACCAACGAAACUCUCAGCAAUAUCAAUGCUUUAUUUUGACAAUGAAGACAAUGUUGUAUUAAGACAAUACGAAGACAUGGUGGUUGAAUCUUGUGGUUGCCGUUAAUUACAUACUCUUAAUUAUACUCUAUUUUCUCAAAGCCUUGGGUUGAAGAUCUUUCAUACGCAUUUGUGCAAGGCUAUAGUUUUGGGGGUUUCUCCAUCAGUAUUUCCAAUCCCUAAGAAAGAUUUUCAACCCGGCUAAAUGCAGAAACGGUUUAUAGUAAACUAUAACACAAGGAAUGUAAUUCCUUUGGUCAAGUGGUCAAUUCCUGUUGUAUGUUAUAAUCAAGCAUCUUUAGAAAUGUUAAAGCUCGUUUAUAAAACAGCCCAAGUAUAGUUUCAAAAUGCACAUGCGUGCUUCUUGCAAAAAAUCAUAGAUUCUGGCCACUAUAAAAACGAAGUACAUUACGCCUAGCGAAUGAUCAUAAAGAAUACAUUGUAUCUAAAAAUAAUUGUACAGAAAUGCUAAAGCGCUUAUAAGUUACCGAAAUCCGCUAUUUAAUUAUUGUGUUGAUAAUGUAAAUAUGGAAAAUAUUGAAGUACACACAAUAUUUGUUUUAAAUUCAUGAAUAUCAUUCUGCUUUGUCGUGACACUCUGUCUCUUCCUGCGUAGACCAAUAUGACCGUAGUCCUUCAAAUUUACUUUUAUUAUCGUUUUCAACCCUAAAUUCUUUCUUUUUUUCAACCCCAAAUUCUGUAACAUCUUGGGGGAUUUUAUUUUUUUCAACUUAUCGCUGGUUACGAUGCCGGUAUACUUUAAUAAGAAGAUAGGUAAUCGGUUUGAAUUUUAUUCCACUUGUUUUAAAAUUGAAAUUUUCCUCCGAGGCAAUUGGACGAUCCUUUUGACUUUCUUUUUCACAUUUAUUUUAAAAUCAAUUUCACAAUCAGUUCGCCAUGUUAAAGUCUCGAUCAUCGUCACACAUACAUGCAUUUUUUAUUCGGCCCAUUUCUCGACGAAUCCACUUUGAAAAGAAGGAGUUCCAUCGUUAUUUUUAAUGUUUUUUUAUUUAUUUAUUUUACUUCCGAUAUUGGCUUUAUUUCAUAACAAAUGACAUGAUAAGCUUUCCGUUUUGCUUAUUAAACUGUAACAUGAUCUAAUAACUACCUAUUAUGUAAAUAAAUUGUCUGGAAUACAGAAUAUAUAAAAUGGACUGAAAACUGUUUAUGUUUUGUCUUUUUGUCUUCCUCUUCUUGGUGAGCGAGGGGGGUCGCGAAGAUUUUUUCCAUGGCAAUUCUUAUUACUGCGUGAUUUGUCAUGUUAUAUUACAAAUUAAAAAUAAAAUUAAAUAAAAAAUUAAAACUUCCUUGUUUAAAAUUCCCUACAAAUUUAUUUUUAUGUUCAAACCAUUUAUGCGCGAUUAGGCUUUUUUUUCAUCUUUUUUUUUGCUUUUGCAGCUUUUGUAUAUUUCGGUGUCAAAUCCGAGGCAUAUUUCGCCCUAAGACCUUUUGUAGUUACUACCAACAUUAAAACUUACUUGGUAAGAAACACUGCAGCUAAUAGAUAUUUUUGAGAAGCGAUUUUCUGUCAUAAGAAAUGUGAUUUUAGAGAAAUGGAUUCAACAUUGUUAUCUGAGGAACGUUUUCAUGAUUGGCAAAGUUGGUAUAGGAUUAAAACAGUA